CAUUAUAUAUAAUGAACGGUUUAAAGGGCAACGUUUUCAACCCAAUUUUGGCAUUCAAAUAAUUUAUUAUUUUUAUCGCCGCUUCAUGCGAUGAAUAAAUUGGAUUCUCAUUCAUUUUCUAAAUCAAAUUCAAAUCAACCAUUAAUGGCUACUAAAAGCCAAAAAACGUCCAAACCUUCUAUGACCUUAUCAUCUAAUGUGAAAUAUGAACAUCUAGUCGCCGGCAUAUCCGGAGGGGUAGCAUCUACAUUGGCAUUGCAUCCACUUGAUUUACUGAAAGUUCGUCUAGCUGUCAAUGAUGGUCAAGUUUCAACUAGACCACAAUAUAGUGGCCUAGUUAAUGCCGUUAAAACCAUAUUUCGUUCGGAGGGUAUUCGUGGAUUUUAUCGGGGUGUCACGCCUAAUUGUUGGGGCGCUGGAACUUCUUGGGGUCUUUACUUUCUAUUUUAUAAUGCAAUAAAAUCUCAUAUGUCUAAUGUUGGUGAGAUACAAAUGGAUUUAAAUGCUGGCCAACAUAUAAUGGCCGCAUGCGAAGCGGGUAUAAUGACUUUGGUGUUGACAAAUCCAAUAUGGGUGGUCAAGACGAGAUUAUGUCUUCAAUACGGUGGUAUGAGUGAAAACGCUGUACAGCCUACAAAACGUUAUCGUGGUAUGGUGGAUGCAUUAGCUAAAAUCUAUCGUUUUGAAGGCAUUCGUGGUCUAUAUCGCGGAUUCGUACCGGGUAUAUUCGGUGUCUCACAUGGUGCCCUACAAUUUAUGGCCUAUGAAGAAUUGAAGCGAUAUUAUAUUGAACAUUAUGGUUUGAGACGAGAAGAAAGAUUAGGGACAUUAGCCUAUCUUGGUUGUGCUGCUACGAGUAAACUAUUUGCCGCAGUCAUUACAUAUCCAUAUCAGGUGGUACGUGCACGUCUUCAAGAUCAAUAUGCAAAUUAUAAUGGAGUUAUGGAUGUUAUACGUCGUACAUGGAGGUACGAAUCAUUACGUGGAUUUUACAAAGGUCUUGCUGCCUAUCUACUUCAUGUUACACCGAACAUUUGCAUCGUGUUUAUUAUAUAUGAACAUUUUUCUCGGCCAUCAUCUGAAUUGGAUUCGGUUAUUGAUCAUCAAAUACCGUCAUCAUCAUCAUCUCCACCAUCACCAUUACAACAACCACAAUCAUCACCAUCAUCAUCAUUAUCAUCUUUAAUAGUCAAUGACAUUGCUGCUGUUGAAACAACAUCAUUCGUAUUUGAUGAAUGAACUUUCGAUUCGAAAAAAAAUUGUGAUACCAAUUUUACUCAGAAAAAAACCCGAACCAAUUUCAAGACCAAACAACCACAAUCUUUAAUUAUGUAAUAGUAUGU